UGUUACUGCUCCGCAGAUCCGGGGCUGAACUUCCCGGGUCAGACGCUGCUGCCGCCUCUAUUGUGAGCCGGGAGCCCGGGCUGAGCCGCUGCUGCUCCCCAGCGCGGUGUAUGCGGGGAGAGCCCUUCCCUAGCGCCCCUCUGUGCCCAGCCGGGGGGACUCUCUGCGGGGGCUGGAACCAGCCCCUGGGGCAGCCCCGGGCUCUGCCGACACCAGCCCCUGAGCCGGAGCCUGCAGGCUGCAGAAUCGUGUCCCAGUCCAGUUUAUCCCACACUUCUGAGGAACAGGGAAGGGCCAUGUCUGCAGCGGAGCCAGUGACCUUCGAGGAGGUGGCUGUGUAUUUCUCCAAGGAGGAAUGGCCUCUGCUGGACCAGGGUCAGAGAGCCCUCUACAGAGGUGUGAUGCAGGAGAAUUAUGAGACUGUGAACUCGCUGGAAUUCCUGAAUUCCCAACCUGACACGAUCUCCUGGCUGGAAGAAGGGGAGAAGCCAUGGGUCCCUGAUCUCCAGGGCUAUGAGGAAAGGGAGAUCUUGAGAGAUGCCCACACAGGCUGUGGAAUAGGUCCCAGUCCAAGUUAUCCCACACUCCUGAGUAACGGGAGUGACAUGGCUGCAGUGGAGCUGGUGACCUUCAAGGAGGUGGCUGUGUAUUUCACCAAGGAAGAAUGGGCUCUGAUAGACCCAGGUCAGAGAGCCCUCUACAGGGACGUCAUGCGGGAGAAUUAUGAGACUGUGACCUCACUGGGAUUUCCAAUUUCCAAACCUGACGUGAUCUCCCGGCUGGAACUAGGGGAGGAGCCGUGGGUCCCUGAUCUCCAGGCUUACGAGGAAAGGGAGAUCCUGAAAGAUGUCCACAGGGCAGGUGAGGAGAUGAUGAACGAGAACAAGGAGGAGAACUAUGAGCAGGAAGGUUCUGAACAACUGGAGCCACAUGGGAUGGCAUUGGGAAGAGCCGAAGGAGAUGUUUCCCAGAGUCCUGAGUGGGGAGAAGCCCGUAAGAGUCAGCACUGGCCAGAGAGACAGCAGGGAAACCACCAAGAGGAGAGAUGGGAUAAAUCCAUGCAGAGGAUCAGAGGAGUCGGAAAACUCAAAGAAUCUGUUCACCAGAGAGUUCCCACAGAAGAGAGAUCUCACAUGUGCGGUGACUGUGGAAAAAGUUUCCCUUGGAAAUCAUUCCUUAUUAUUCACCAGAGAAUCCACACAGGAGAAAAACCUUAUAAGUGUCCUGACUGCGAGAAAAGCUUCAGCCAGCGCUCAAACCUCACCAAACAUCAGAGAGUCCACACGGGAGGGAAGCCUUACAAAUGUCUCGAAUGCGGGAAAAGCUUCAGUUGUAGCUCAACCCUCACUGCACACCAGGUAAUCCACAUGGGAGAGAGACCUUAUAAAUGCCAUGAGUGUGGAAAAAGCUUCAGUGAUAGAUCCACCUUCAGUACGCACCAGAGAAUCCACACGGGAGAGAGACCCUAUAAAUGCCUGAGCUGUGGGAAAAGUUUCAGGGAUCGAUCAACAUUUAAUAAACACCAAAGAAUCCACACGGGAGAGAAACCACAUAAAUGCCCCAAAUGUGGGAAAAGUUUCCGUCAGCUCACGCAACUCGUUAGGCACCAGAGACUUGACACAGGAGAAAAACCCUACAAAUGUCUGACGUGUGGGAAAAGCUUCCGGGAUAGAUCCACCUGUAAUGAACACCAGAGAAUCCACACGGGAGAAAAACCUUAUGAAUGCCCCGAGUGCGGGAAAAACUUCCGGUACAGCUCAGCCUUUAUUAGGCAUCAGAGAAUUCACAGAGGACGCAAACCCUAGGAGUGUCCUGAUUAGGGAUGGGUGAAGUGAGUAACACCUUUGCUGAUUCCCAUGAACGUCAGUGAGUCAGGCCAGGUCGGAGGGGCCAUAUACUGGGGACAUGGAAUAGUUAUUAAAGCAAAGAAUGUAAUCACCUUUCUGGGACAGAGGCAUGCAGAGCAAAAGGCUGAGAUAAGAUUUCCACGUUGUGAUGGGAAUUUGAUUAUUACUUCCUGAGAAGUUCUGAACAUCCACUGAUCAGCUCCUACCCACAAUUGGCCAAUUCAUUUCACAGUCUAGGAGUGCUCUUGGAUUCAUCACUGAUGCUGAGCUCUCAUGUAGCAACGUCCAUGAGUAAUGCUUUCUAUAGUUCUUGGUUGGCAAGCAGACUACAAAGACCCAGCCUGAGUUAUUUACACCUUUGUCACUUCUUGUGUGGAGUACCGCAAUGCUAUAGAAUUGCACCUAGGAAACUCCGAGUACAGAAGCACUGCAGUGCAUCUCCUCAGCUACACAAGCUACAGCAAGCCCAUCACACCUGUCCUUGCUCCCGACAGUGGCUUUGCAUAGAAUAAUGAAUCAAGUCCAAGGUCUUGGUCCUUAUCCAUGGUGCUCCUUGUAGAGAUCUAAAAAACUGCCUUAAGCUCCGGGCUCGAGACGGGGGUUGAAAACGUCACCCUUCUGGCACAAUGGAACUCUCAAUAAUAAGGGUAAAGCUCAUGUGUUCAUGACACAGGUCUCUCUUGUUGGCUGGUCUGAGACUGUGGAAUGAACUCUCGAAGCAGCUAAGGACCAUCUCAAACCUUACUGUCUUCCAUGCCAAAUGCCAGGCACAUUUCAUUGACCUGCAUUCUCUAACUUAAAUGCACAAUGCCAUGUAUAUAGACAAAAAAAAACCAACCUCCACUGAGCACAUACCUCAUCCUGGAGAGAGGAUAAGAGAACAAACAGCACAUGAAAGAUGUUAAGUUAUGUGAUUAAUAUGCUACUGGAAGGUGCUCAGAUACUACAGUGAUUAAUGCAGUUUUAUAGCAGACCACCAGGUCUGAGUUAUAAUUAAGGUUAAAGCAGC